AUGUCAAUCAAGCCGCAGAUCUUUGACGAUUCAGCAAGUCUUAUAUUAAAACAGCUUGUGUUUUCCAGUUUAUUAGAGAAUAAUAAGAUCGAUCAGAUUUUAGAGCUAUUAUUAUUUGCAACAAUCAAGAACGAAAUUGUGGGCAGUUGCCAACUGUGACUCCCCAAUAUUCUCGCCUUUUAACCAUGUUUAGAAAACACAACCGACUCAUUACUCAUCAUGCGUUAACACUGUAACUCCCUUGGUCAUUGCAGUCCUUUUUUCAAAUUCAAAUGGUCAUUUCCUGAUUUCCCUCUCUCAUACAACCCAUUUCCUCUCUGUCUCUCACUCUAUGAUAUGAUCUCACACUGUACUUCAGCAGAGAAAAAUAGGGUCGCAAAGAGGCAGAUAUAUACAAAAUGUGCACACCAUGGACAAUUCCAAAGCUUGUCAGAUGGAGGGUGAGGGACUGGGUAUCUUGUUUCUUGGCUUGCAGAUUUCCUUUAGAUGAUGAAUCGAAUGAUACAUAUCGAUCUUCUGCACCUCAAAAACUGCCAAGAAAAAACAUGGGUUUCGACACAAAGGCCGGUACUGAUCAGAGUAGAGUCAUGAAUCAAAGUAGCAAAAAGAAGUCACGGCACAAAAGUCGACGUAGCAAAGAGAGACAAUCAAAACUCAGUUCCGCACAAACUAAAGACGACAUUACAGUAGAAAAUGGCUCUGUUGACGACUCUUGCUGGCCAAAUUUUUCAGAUGAAGACUACAUAGUCUUCUGCUUUAGGGAGGAUGGAGCAUUCGACGUAGUCAAGGAUGGAAAGCCAGAAACUUCCAACCGCUUUGACUGCAUGUCCAGAAGUUCCAGAACUGUAAACCGAAAGGAUGAUGAAGAAGAAGACUGCAUAUAUUGGGAUACAGAAUCGCCUAGAAACAGCAUCAGAAGGAGAUCAUCUCUAAUGGAGGAUCAGGUUGAAGACCGUGGCUUGGUUUCAGUUGAAUCAAGUGAAUCCAAUCAAUCAGAUCGCAGCACAGGCUCUUUUGCCUUCCCUGUGUUAGGUUGGGAGUGGAUGGGUAGUCCUGUGCAAAUGCCAAAAUCAGAGGGCCUGCAGUUAAGGAAGCACAAGGCUCGUUGUGUGGGCUUUCAGUGUUUUAGAAACUGAAAGUCUAGCAACAUUUCUGUCUCUGUUCUUCCUCAAGUUUCCUGGGCCCCCCCAUAUAUGUAUAGGACUGGCUUGAACAUGAAGAAAUUUAACUAGUGAUUAUCAUUCAUUAUUCCAAGAACUACGAAUGUUCUUCAGAUUUUCAAAACAUACAUGAAAUUAAUCCCA